AUGAAGAGUCUCCACAUGGACCUGGAAAGAGCAAAGAGAAAGCUUGAAGGAGACCUGAAAUUAGCCCGAGAGUCUAUCAUGGACCUGGAUAAUGACAAUCAGCAAUCUGAGGAGAAACUUAAAAAGAAAGACACUGAAACAAGCGAGCUGGUCAGCAGGAUUGAGGAUGAACAAUCUCUGGUAGCUCAACUCCAGAAGAAGAUUAAGGAGCUUCAAGUAAAGGUAAAAGAACUGGAGGAAGAGAUUGAGGCUGAGCGUGCUGCUCGUGCCAAGGUUGAGAAGCAGAGAGCUGAUCUCUCCAGGGAACUUGAGGAGAUCAGUGAGAGGCUUGAGGAGGCUGGAGGAGCCACUGCUGCUCAGAUCGAGAUGAAUAAGAAGCGUGAAGCUGAAUUCCAGAAGCUGCGUCGUGAUCUUGAAGAGUCCACCCUCCAGCAUGAAGCUACUGCUGCAGCCCUCCGUAAGAAGCAGGCAGACAGUGUGGCCGAGCUGGGAGAGCAAAUCGACAACCUCCAGCGCGUCAAGCAGAAGCUUGAGAAAGAAAAGAGUGAAUACAAAAUGGAGAUUAAUGAUCUCUACAGCAACAUGGAGAGGAAGAGCAGGAGGCAAAGGCUGAGCUGCUGCGGGGAAUGUCAAAGGCCAACAGUGAAGUUGCUCAGUGGAGAACCAAAUAUGAAACUGACGCCAUCCAGCGCACUGAGGAGCUUGAGGGCCAACAAUGUGAUCAACAAUCUACGAGACAAGAGCUGUGGUCAGUGCAAUUGCUAG